AUGAGAAAAACCAACAUGUGGUUCUUGGAACGACUUCGGGGGUCUGGGGAGAAUGGUGCCAGCCGCGGGGUGGGUGGCGAGGCUGGGGACAAGGCCUCCAAGGGCCCUUUGUAUAGCAACGUACUGACUCCGGACAAGAUCCCCGACUUCUUCAUCCCGCCCAAGCUGCCCUCAGGCCCCACAGAGGCUGAGGGACAGGCGGACCUGGGUCCCUCCACCUCAGAGCAAAAUCUGGCUUCACCUGGGCCCCGUCGAGCACCUCGCAGUCCCCGGCUGCCGGUCAAGUUGGCCUCAGAGAGCAGGAGCCUGCUGAAGGCAGCCACACGGCAUGUGAUUCAGAUAGAGAGUGCGGAGGACUGGACAGCCGAGGAAGCCACCAACGCUGACCCCCAGGCACAGGGUGCCAUGUCAUUGCCCUCUGUGCCCAAGGCUCAGACUUCCUAUGGCUUUGCCACACUGGCCGAGAGCCCACACACCAGACGCAAGGAGUCCCUUUUCCACAGUGAGCACGGGGCCCUGGCCCAGGUCGGAUCCCCUGGUGCUGGCCGCCGGCGAGCAGGGGCCAAGGCCAAUGGAGGUGAUGGGGGAUCCCGGGAGGUUGGGGGGGCCCUGAUGAGUCCUAGCCGCUACUUCAGUGGUGGGGAAAGUGACACAGGGUCCUCUGCUGAGUCGUCCCCCUUCGGGUCCCCUCUGCUGUCUCGCUCUGUAUCGCUGCUCAAGGGCUUUGCCCAGGAUAGCCAGGCCAAAGUGAGCCAGCUGAAACAGUCGGUAGGUCGCCAUGGCUCCCUGUCUGCGGAUGACAGCACACCAGACACCAGCCCAGGUGUCCGUCGCCGCUUGACCCGCAGGGCUACCCCGGAGCCAGGCCCCGAGUCUGGCCAGGCACCACGUGGAGAGCACACAGUGCGGAUGGGCACCAGGGGCAGCGUGAGGCUGCUGGCCGAGUAUGAGGCUGCUCAGGCUCGCCUGCGUGUGCGCCUGCUGGCGGCUGAGGGCCUGUAUGACCGGCCUUGUGAUGCCCGGAGCAUCAAUUGCUGUGUGGGGCUGUGCCUGGUGCCCGGGAAGCUGCAGAAGCAACGGAGCACCAUCAUCAAAAACAGCCGCCACCCCAUCUUCAACGAGGACUUCUUCUUUGACGGCCUGGGGCCAGCCAGUGUGCGUAAGCUGGCCCUCAGAAUCAAGGUUGUCAAUAAGGGUAGCAGCCUUAAGCGGGACACACUCCUUGGGGAGGAGGAACUGCCACUGACCUCCCUGUUGCCCUUUCUGUGAGGUCACUGAUCCCUCCCUUCUAUACUUAGCUGAGCGGGCGGAGGUGGGCGGGGCCUGUGGCCCUGCGUUCCCUGGGUCUCUUAGUGGAUUGCUCUUUUCUUAGAAGAAGAUGGGCUGCAGACGCAAACACUGCCCUGCUGACCGAAACCCCUCCCCCCUGACCCACCCACAUUGAGUUUUUGGGGUUCCUAGCAGUGCUAGGAUCCCGGUACCUAAAGUAGCUGGG